GCCGAGCCUGAAGUUUAGCAUCACUGCCCUGAAUAACGGAGCCUCGCUCGCAUUAGCUGCUUGUACAGCUCCUGUGACAAAAGUCAAGAAGAGCUGAUCUAGAUGAAUAACCACUCCGCCUCGACAUGUAUCCGGCCGUCCUCGAUCUCCUCCGUGGCUCUGCCAAUCCUUUACAGCUUCCUCUGUGUCGUCGGCCUCUUCGGCAAUUCUCUCUCUCAGUGGGUGUUUCUAACCAAAAUAGGCAAGAAAACCUCCACUCACAUCUACCUGGCGCAUCUCGUGACGGCGAACCUACUCGUGUGCAGCACCAUGCCCUUCAUGGGGAUGUAUUUCCUGAAGGGUUUCCAAUGGGAAUAUCGAUCCGCGCAGUGCAGGGUGGUCAAUUUCCUGGGGACGCUCCCCAUGCACGUCAGUAUGUUUGUCAGCCUCCUGAUUUUAAGCUGGAUCGCCAUCAGUCGCUAUGCUACCCUGAUGAAAAAGGAGUCCACGCCCGAGACCACUUCGUGCUACGAGAAAAUCUUUUACGGCCAUUUACUGAAGAAGUUCCGCCAGCCCAACUUCGCUAAGAAGCUCUGCGUGUACAUCUGGGGGGGCGUGUUAGGCAUCAUCAUCCCGGUGAUCAUCUACUACUCCGUGGUGGAGGCCACGGAAGGAGAGGAGACCCGGUGCUAUAACCGGAAGAUGGAACUAGGAGCCAUGAUCUCUCAGAUCGCCGGCCUCAUUGGGACCACGUUUAUCGGAUUCUCGUUUUUGGUCGUCCUCACGUCAUACUACUCUUUCGUGAGCCACCUGCGAAAGAUCAGGACCUGUACGUCCAUCACGGAGAGACAUCUCAUGUACAGUUCGGUGAGGAGGCAUCUGCUGGUCAUCCAGAUCCUACUGAUUGUCUGCUUCCUCCCCUACAGCAUUUUUAAGCCCAUUUUCUAUGUUCUCCACCAAACGGUGACCUGUGAGCAACUGAAUUAUUUGAUAGAAAUCAAGAACAUCCUCACCUGUCUCGCCUCAGCCAGGAGCAGCACCGACCCCAUUAUAUUUCUUUUUUUAGAUAAGACGUUCAAGAAGAUCCUGUAUGAUCUCUUCACAAAAUCUGACUCCACGCCUACCCAACCCUACGGCUGA